UAACAGAAAUCUGCACCGAACCACCACCGUCAUCUCCAGAUCCUAGCCCAACCUGACCUCCGCCACAACCUUUUUUAAACUCUACGCAGCAAAACCCCACCUAAUUCUAACCAAAGCAAACUCAAACCUCUACACCUUGCCACUGAAACUCUUGAAAAUGCCAUCUCCACUAUUAAGACCUUCUCUCUCCUUCUCGCCAAAAGCCUCCUCCUCUCUCAUCCUGAAAGCCCCUUCUCCUCCUUUCUCUGGUCACUUAUUUAUCAUCUCUGUGAUUAAUCCCACGGCGCAUUCCUCAGUCUUCUCCAAAAGUUCAGGCUGAACGAGCAAAACUAAUGUUUGGAGUUAGCACCUUUACUUUUCAAGGAGUUGUUUCUUGUCCAUUUUCUUCCUUUUCUUCAAUGCUUCAACGACCAAAGAUCGAGUAUUUUGUUAUCUUUAUCAUUUCCGGAAGGUUAUGAUAGCGAGGAUUAUUCUGGAGGUAAAGAUGUAUUGGUGGUUUUUCCGUUAACUAAAUUGUUGUCGAAAAUGAAUGGAGAUUAAACUUCAGAGGUGAAAGAGCUAGAGAGAAUUUAUGAAGAGGUUUAUGAUAUAGUCGUUUUGACAAAUCUGAGAGCAAUGAAGAUGACAUCGUCAAACUGAAGAAGGAACUCGGAUGGACUAAGGGGCGCUAUAAUCUACUAUGGGCUGAAGAAGGAGAAAAGUCAGUUGAAUUGUAUACAGGCAGCAGCAUAUCCAAGUCUUCAUCAAUUUGCCCACAAAGCUCCCUCUAAGCAUCCCAGAAGACCAGAAUUUCAGAAAGUUGACAAUUCUAAGCUCAAUGUAUUUCAAUGGACAAUCAUUAUUCUUCAGACUCUGAAACUGAAAAUGAGCACAAAAAUAUAAAAAUGUCACCGUCUGAACCUAGAAAUAUCAGAACCAAGAAACAGAAGGAGCCCAUUUUGGCUGAUUCCAGUCAUUCUCCAGAUCAUCCAAUGGAAGAUACUGAUCACCCACCUGGCGAUGGAAAACAUACAGCUCCAAAGGACUUUGUUUGUCCCAUAACCGGCCAAGUAUUUGAUGACCCAGUGACUCUGGAGACAGGCCAGACUUAUGAACGCAAAGCAAUCCAAGAGUGGAUCAAGAGGGGGAACUCAACAUGCCCCAUAACACGCCAGAAGCUGCAUAGUACUCAGCUCCCCAAAACAAACUAUGUGCUCAAAAGGCUUAUUGCAAGUUGGAAAGAAAACAACCUUGGUUCACACUUGAGUCAGUCUGAGAGCCCUCUCCUAGAAUCUGAGCCAAUGUCCAAGUCAAUUCUGCCUUCAACUUCUCCAAACAGUGUCAUCAGCCAAGCCACCAUUGAUGGGACAAUUACUGCAAUAAGACAUGCAAUUAACAACCUUUGUAUGUCAGAAAUUCUCAAAGAAUCUGAAACGGCUGUCCUCCGAAUCGAGCGGUUCUGGCAGGAAGCAGAUAUGGAUCUGGAUAUUCAAACUAUGCUUUCAAAACCUCCAGUUAUCAAUGGAUUUGUGGAGAUUCUUUUCAAUUCUGUUAAUCCUCGAGUACUCAAAGCAACUGUUUUUCUGUUAUCUGAACUAGGUUCAAGAGAUAAAUCUGUGAUCCAGAUACUUACUAGAGUUGAAUCUGAUGUUGAGUGUAUUGUGGCUCUUUUCAAGAAAGGUUUACUUGAGGCGGUCGUGCUGGUAUAUCUAUUAAGACCUUCCACCAUGACCUUGAUUAAGAUGGAUAUGAUGGAAGCUCUCCUCAACGUGAUUAAGAAGAAAGAUGUGAAGCAAAAAUCAGCUUCAGUGCUUUUGUUGGGACAGAUUAUUGGGAACAGUGAAGAGAGCAUUGUAUCUUCAAUUGCCAAUACAAUUGUUUCUUCAAAGGUGUUCGAAAGCAUUAUUGGUAGCCUGGAAGCUGAGUGCGCCAAGGAGAGAAUUGCAGCAGUUCGUAUCUUAUUGAGAUGCAUGCAGGAGGAUGGGAACUGCAGAAACACCAUUGCUGAUAAAGCUGAGUUGGUUCCUGUUUUGGAUAGCUUCAUGGCUGGAAGUGAUGUAGAAAGGUUCGAGAUAGUUUCUUUUCUCUCUGAGUUAGUCAAGUUGAACAGGAGAACAUUCAAUGAGCAAAUUCUCCACAUUAUUAAGGAUAAAGGUACAUUCAGUAUGAUGCACACCCUCCUCGUUUAUUUACAGAGAGCCAAGGAAGACCAAUGCCCUGUUGUUGCGGGUCUCCUUCUCCAACUAGAUGUGCUGGCUGAACCGAGAAAGAUGAGUAUAUACCGUGAAGAGGCAAUGGAUACCCUCAUUUCUUGCCUCAGAAAUUACGACUGUCCUGCUGCUCAGGUAGCAGCUGCUGAGACAAUCAUGUUACUACCUGGGAGGUUCACUGGCUCUGGGAAGCCUCUUACACGGGCUAUUCUUCUAAUGCGUGCUGGGCUUGGGAGAAGUUACAGAAGUCUAAUAAGAACAGCGCAGCUUGGCAGCUUUUCAAAAGAGAUUGAAGUUUCUUUGGAAGAAGAGAAAGCUGCUGAUGAUUGGGAAAGAAAAAUGGCUUUUGUUCUUGUAAGCCAUGAGUUUGGUCUGGUGUUUGAGUCUUUAGCAGAAGGCUUAAAGAGCAAUUUUGCAAAGUUAAGUUCAGCAUGUUUUGAGUCAGCAACAUGGCUCCUAUACAUGCUGAAACUUAUGCCAGACACAGGGAUCCAAGGAGCAGCCAGGGUCUGCUUACUCCAGCGCUUUGUAUCAAUAUUCAAGUCUGCAAACGACACUGAUGACAAAGCCCUUUCAUUACUUGCUCUAAACAGCUUCAUACAUGACCCAGAGGGGAUGGUUCAUCUGUCUCCCAAUAUGAAGGACAUUAUGAAAGGCCUGAGAGAGUUUCGGAAAUGCUGUCCCUUGGCCUUAGAAAUGAUAGAACUUUUCUCCGAAGGGCAUGAAUCAAGUUCUGACUUCUGGAAUCAUAAAGAAUUAGCUCAAGUAGAUUCCAGUGAAAAUGGAGAAGUGGUUUCCAUAGUUUGCUUCAGAGACAAGAUAUUUUCUGGCCAUUCAGAUGGAACUAUAAAGGUCUGGACAGGGAGAGGUAGCAUUCUUCAUCUCAUCCAAGAAAUCCGAGAACAUACUAAGGCAGCUAGCUUAGCCGUUUUACAAUCUGGGGAAAAACUAUAUAGUGGUUCACUUGAUAAAACUGCACGGGUUUGGUCCACUGGCAAUGAAGAGAUCCGUUGUGUACAAGUACAAGACACAAAGGAUCAGGUUCAAAAUCUAGUUGUUGCCAGUAGCAUCUUUUGUUUCAUUCCACAAGGAGCUGGUGUCAAGGUUCACUCUUGGACUGGAGGAUCCAAACUGUUGAAUUCCAGAAAAAAUGUCAAGUGUUUGACUCUUGUACAAGGAAAAUUGUACUGUGGAUGCCAUGAUAGUAGUAUUCAGGAAAUCGAUUUGGCAACAGGAACAGUAGGUACCAUUCAAAUUGGUUUGAGAAAAUUACUUGGAAAGGCAAAUCCAAUUCAUGCAUUGCAAGUUCACAAUGGACUGAUUUAUGCGGCAAGCUCCGGCUUAGAUGGGGCAGUUGUGAAGAUUUGGAAUGCUUCAAAUUAUGCCCUGGUUGGGUCACUGCCAACUACAUGUGAAGUACGGGCAAUGGCCGUAACCUCAGAACUAGUUUAUUUGGGAUGCAAAGGAGGAGCUGUAGAAAUUUGGGAUAGUAAGAAACAAACUAAAAUAGAAACACUUCAAACUUCCACAAAUAGCAGGGUUCAAUGCAUGGCUCUUGAUGACAAUGAAGAAGUUUUGGUGAUUGGAACUUCGGAUGGAAGGAUUCAGGCAUGGGGGCUGAGCUAGAAAACAAGGAUGCUGUGAAAUUUUUGAUAAGAAGAACAGCUUUAAGUGGAUUAAAGUGAACAGAAUUCUUCGUAUUGUGCAGAUGAUAUUUUUUAUUGUCAAUUAUUCUUUACAACAUUUUAUUAAAAAAGCUUCUUCAAGCAUGCGCAGAAAUGUAAAUAGCAGAUAAAUAUUUAUCACAUGCCAAUUUGUCAAAUCACAUUUUGCA